AUGGCUUCAGCUCAACCCUCCCAAAGCCAGCAAGGCGUAACCAAAGUUCUUUCGGGAGCUAAUGCCUCCUUCAAAGAUAAAGGCAAACCUAUGGAACUGCGCCUAUCCAACAUGGUUGCAGCAAAAGCAAUUAGUGACGCUGUUCGCACUUCGUUGGGACCAAGAGGAAUGGACAAGAUGAUCCAAACAUCAAAGGGGGAGGUCAUUGUAACAAACGAUGGAGCUACAAUCUUGAAAAGUAUUCAAGCAUUGCAUCCUGCUGCAAAAAUGCUGGUCGACCUCUCUGCUGCCCAAGAUAUCGAAGCCGGAGAUGGAACAACAUCCGUUGUAGUCCUGGCCGGAAGCUUACUGGGUGCUGCAGAAAAGAUGUUGCAAAAGGGAAUUCAUCCCACUAUCGUGGCCGAAUCGUUCCUCCGAGCUUCAGCCAAAGCUGUUGAAUAUUUGACUGAGAUGUCAACGCCUAUCGACCUUAAUGACAAGUCCAGCCUCUUAAGAGCUGCCAGCACCUCCUUAAACUCCAAGAUUGUUUCACAGUAUUCUUCAACGUUGGCCCCAAUCGCCGUAGCAGCAGUAUCGCGCCUUGUUACCGCAACCUCUUCAAACGUGGAUCUGAGAGAUAUUCGCGUCGUUAAGAAAAUCGGCGGUACCAUUGAAGAUACGGAAUUGGUGGAAGGUGUUGUUUUAAACCAAAACGUUGUUGUGUCCGCCGGUGGCCCAACCCGAAUGGAAAAGGCAAAGAUUGCCAUCAUUCAGUUCCAAUUGAGUGCCCCUAAACCCGAUGCAUUUGUCAUUAACGAUUACCGUCUCAUGGACAAAGUGUUAAAGGAAGGUCGUCAAUAUAUUCUCAAUCUUUGCAAGAAGAUCAAAAAGGCAAAUUGUAAUGUCCUCCUUAUUCAAAAAUCUAUUCUCCGAGACGCAGUCGAUGAUUUAUCACUCAACUAUCUCAAACGCUUGAAUAUCCUCGUCGUCAAGGAUGUUGAGCGUGAUGAAAUCGAAUUUCUCUCAAAGAGUCUGGGAUGCAAACCGAUCUCUGAUAUUGAGGCCUUCACUGAAGACAAAUUGGGAUAUGCGGAUUUGGUGGAAGAAACUGGUGAUUCGGGUGUCAAAGUUGUACGUAUCACUGGUAUAAAAAAUAGGGGACGAACUGUCAGCAUCCUCGCUACUGGAAGCAACAACCUUGUUGUAGACGAAUGUGAGCGUAGCUUACACGACGCCUUGUGUGUCGUUAGGUGCUUGGUGAAGAAAAGGGCCCUUAUUGGUGGAGGCGGUGCCCCAGAAAUUCAUGUUUCUCGCCUUCUUUCGCAAUAUGCCCAAUCGCUGAAGGGCAUGGAGGCCUAUUGUUUCCAGGCGUACGCCGACGCACUUGAAGUCAUUCCAACCACCUUGGCAGAGAAUGCUGGUUUGAACCCUAUCGCUAUUGUGACCGAGUUGCGCAAUCGCCAUGCUUUGGGAGAGAGGAAUGCUGGAAUCAACGUUCGCAAGGGUCUAAUUUCUAACAUCUUGGAAGAGGAUGUCGUGCAACCUUUAUUGGUCAGCACCAGCGCUGUCGAACUUUCGACAGAAACAGUAUGCCUACUUCUGAAAAUCGAUGAUUACGUGCAAGCACGAUAA